AUGCCCGGACUUCACAUGUCUGCCUAUGCUCCGCCAGGCUCAACUGCUUGGACAGUCCCUCAAUAUCCAGCAGCCAUAUCGACACAGUCGAUGCUCAGUCCAGGACUCAAGUUCUUCAUCAAGCGAGACAACGGGUCUCUUGUGCCUCUUGUCCCCGCCGACGAACUCCCAGACGACAUUCGCUUGAUUGGUGUACCUUUGAGUCUGACUGCCGUGCAGGCAGAGAGCAUGCUGUUCCUUGGACAUGACUCGUCUGCCAGAAGGAAGUACUCGCAUGCCGGAUCUCUGAGCAUCAAGGAGUCAGUCGCUCCCAUCCCCAUUGCGAUGAAGUAUACGCCUGAAGUGGUUCCUGACAACAAUCAUGUACCUCAGCUCCCUCAGGCGCAGCCUCUUCCCACACCCACCACUGCAUUCAUACCGACUCCCAAGCCACCUACUCAACUCAACUCGAGACCUCUCUACAAUGAACGCCCUCCUCCACCUUCUGGUAUUGAGCCUGAUCAGAGAAAGAAGAUCUACUGCAACUAUUGGUGUCAAACAGGUCAAUGUGGCUUCAUCCAACAAGGUUGCAUAUACAAACAUGAGAUGCCUACAGACAAGGAAACUCUCAACUUGAUUGGUCUGAAGUCGGUCCCUGCUUGGUACCGCAAGGAGCAAGCACGCAAGAAAUCACAGGCGAAGCGCACCGAACGCAACGGCUCUGGCUCAGAGUGGGAGGUGGUCGAGCAGCAACAGACCGACGACUCCGCGGUCCACAGUAACGACCCUGUCCGUGUCCGCGUUCCACCCUCGCGCCCUGCUAAUAUCACCAUCACUAAGCAGUCUGCGCAAAAGUCUCGUCCAGCUUUGGUUGCUCAGAAGGAUGCUGCCGCUUCUGAUGUUGCUUCUGACGCUGCUACUGCAGGCAGCUCAGCUCCAGGCUCAUCAUCUCCUCCCGGUGGUGUCAAGUUGGGUGCAGCCAAGACUCCUGUACGUGGUCCUCCUUCUCUACCUUUCAGAAAGCAGACUCUGGAAUCGCCCAUCGAAGAUGGGGAAGUAGAGGAUCUCAUCCACUUUGAUGUUCUUGUGCCAUCGUCCUCUCCAGACUUGUCGUCGUCCACUCAAUUGAGUCCGGAAGCACACUCUACCUGUUCACCUAUGGAAGAGGUGGUCUCUAGACGCUCAAAGAUCGUCGCUAAGGGCGGUGUGGCCAUCGCUAUGGGCAGAGGUACUCGUUCAAGCAUCAGUGGCCGCGGUCGACGUGGAUCCGCCGAUAGGAAGACUGGUGCCGUAUCACCCCCUAGACAGCACAAGCCUAUGGUCAAGGGCAGGGUGGAGCAGGGCAACGGUGAAUUGAGAAGAGACAGAGUCAAGAUGGCGCCGGUCGCAGGAGCUACGGCCAAGGCUACAGGCCAAGCUUGA